GUCACCACAGUCUCUUCCGGGUGUUUUCUUUCGGCUGGACGUAGAACUGUGACAGAGACACAACUCUGAUUUUUUUAGCGACUAAAGUUUUAAUUCCCCGAAAUGAACCGCAUAUUUGGCAGGGGAAAGGCUAAGGGUCCGCCGCCCAACCUUUCGGACUGUAUAGGAAAUGUUGAUUCUCGGACGGAGUCCAUUGACAAGAAAAUUGCCAGACUAGAUGCUGAACUUGUUAAGUACAAGGAUCAGAUGAAAAAAAUGAGAGAUGGACCUUCAAAGAAUAUGGUCAAGCAAAAAGCAAUGAGGGUUCUGAAGCAGAAGAGAAUGUAUGAAGGCCAGAGAGACAACCUCAUGCAGCAGUCGUUCAACAUGGAACAAGCAAACUACACAAUCCAAUCCCUUAAAGACACUAAAACCACCGUUGAUGCCAUGAAAGUUGGCCUCAAAGAUAUGAAGAAAGCAUACAAGAAUGUGAAAAUUGACAAGAUUGAGGAUCUUCAGGAUCAGCUAGAAGACAUGAUGGAAGAUGCCAGUGAGAUCCAGGAGGCACUGGGCAGAAGCUACGGUACCCCUGACAUCGAUGAGGAUGACCUGGAGGCAGAACUGGAUGCUCUGGGAGAUGAGCUCCUGUUGGAUGACGACAGCUCAUACCUGGAUGAGGCUUCGACAGCUCCUUCGAUCCCAGAGGGUCUGCCUGGCGACAAGUCGACCAACAGGGAUGGUGUUCUGGUCGACGAGUUUGGUCUUCCCCAGAUCCCCGCUACAUAAAGAACCUAAACACUCAACAGCAUUGAGUUUUACAUGUAUGAUAGCCUUUUGUAUUUAUCGAACUGACACUCCCAGCCUUGUAGAGCUCAAUGAAAAACCAAAGCAUCUUCUGUCCAAUGAUUGAUGGAAACUUUAACAUAUCAAGCUUAAAGUUUAUUAUUUCAUAUGUAUCUGUGGUGAUUGUUAGAUUGGUCUCUUAACUUUGUACAUUCUCUGCAGCACGGUGUUGCCAAGAACAAAAUAAACUAUAUUUUUUGACAAUC